GAAUGACGGAGCCACGUUCAGCUUAAAGCAACAGGCAGACGCUGUUGUUCAAGUCUCUUAAAUCCAGUCCAGAACAGAUCGAGUAUUAGAAUUACUAUGGAUCACCUGACCACAGCAGUACACUGGCUGAUUUCACCUGAGAUCAAGAGUGGAUGACAAAAGAUGGAGAACUUGUGUUUUUUUUGGUAGCCUAACCUUCAUCUGUCACCUUUGUCCUGAGGAUGUUCCUGCCUCCUGUCAGUGCCAGGUUGCAUCCAUAGCAACGCCACCGGUGCGCUGUUAUCCUUAAAGUGGCGUGUGGAUGAAAAGCAGAGGGCUCUUGCUGCUUUGAACUCCACACUCCUUCCUCCGCCGCCGCCCAGUCUCGCCAGGUUCAAGGUAACGGGAGUGUCUGUCUUUGUCUCCUGCCUUUGCCCGUGAUGGAGGAGGCGGAGGACGGCGACGAGGAGCCCAAAUUCCAGCAGGCUCGACCACCUCAAGUAGCCAGCUUGGCCAGACGCGAGGAUCAUGGGAGCAGCGGAGGAACCAGGACGAAGAAAUUGACGCCAGGAGGCGGAGCCGCGUCCAUUGCGCGCACAAACUCCAACAACAAUGAGCUGUGGCUCCUGAGAGGCGAGGACUCCGCACCUGUCAGUGCCUGUGGCAGCACCGCCUCUGCUCUGUUAUGCCAGAGGGAUGCUGCCGGCGGCUCAGAGUCAGAACCCAGAGGUGGAAGGGACACGGUGUCAGAGGCGGGCGUGAUAGGAGCGGGGGCCAUCGGUAUGAUAUGCAACAAAAACGGAGACUGUAGAAGGGACCCGACCAGUUCAGGGAGCCUCUCCUCUCUCAUCUCAAGGCAGGAGAAGCAGACAGAUGGAGUAGCAGCAGCAGCAGCAGCAGCAGCAGCAGCAGCAGCAAGUGAAGGCGGCAAGGCUGCAGUCAUGGAUGAUUCUAUCACUUCAGCGGGGUCCCUGACACAGGGGCCCGGGGCCGAGGACAAGAACGCGGCAGCGAUGGAGAAAAAGGACUCCAGAGUUUCCUUCUCCAAUGCACCGACUAGUAAAGGACAGACCUCGGGUCAGCAGUCGAGAAACUCUGUCACAUUCUCUAAAGCUGAGGAUGGCUCUCAGAUAGUGCCGGACGAUGGAGACUCCAGGGGGAAUCAGACUUACAUGCAGCGGCAGUUUAGUUCCAUGCUUCAGCCCGGAGUUAACAAAUUCUCCCUGCGCAUGUUUGGCAGCCAGAAGGCGGUGGAGAAAGAACAAGAGCGCGUAAAGUCCGCGGGUAAUUGGAUUAUUCACCCAUACAGCGACUUCAGGUUCUACUGGGACUUCACCAUGCUGAUGUUCAUGGUGGGAAACCUGAUCAUCAUCCCUGUGGGCAUCACCUUCUUCAAGGACGAGACCACCACACCCUGGAUCAUCUUCAACGUGGUUUCUGACACCUUCUUCCUCAUGGACCUGGUGCUGAACUUCAGGACCGGCAUAGUGUUCGAGGACAACACAGAGAUCAUCCUCGACCCCGAGAAGAUUAAGAGGAAGUACCUGAAGUCCUGGUUUGUGGUGGACUUUGUCUCCUCCAUACCCGUGGAUUAUAUCUUCCUCAUCGUGGAGAAAGGGAUCGACUCUGAGGUGUACAAGACGGCCCGGGCGCUCCGCAUUGUCCGCUUCACUAAGAUCCUCAGUCUGCUGCGGCUGCUGAGGCUGUCCAGACUCAUCCGGUACAUCCACCAAUGGGAGGAGAUCUUCCACAUGACCUAUGACCUGGCCAGUGCUGUGAUGCGAAUAUUCAACCUGAUUGGUAUGAUGCUGCUGCUGUGUCACUGGGAUGGCUGUCUCCAGUUCCUGGUUCCCAUGCUGCAGGACUUUCCGUCUGACUGCUGGGUCUCUCUCAACAAGAUGGUGAAUGACUCAUGGAGUGAGCUCUACUCCUUCGCCCUCUUUAAGGCCAUGAGCCACAUGCUGUGCAUUGGAUAUGGAAGACAAGCCCCAGAGAGCAUGUCGGACAUCUGGCUGACCAUGCUCAGUAUGAUCGUUGGAGCCACCUGCUACGCCAUGUUCAUCGGCCACGCGACCGCUCUCAUCCAGUCUCUGGACUCAUCCAGACGGCAAUACCAAGAAAAGUACAAACAAGUGGAGCAGUACAUGUCGUUCCACAAACUACCGGCUGACUUCCGACAGAAAAUCCAUGACUACUAUGAGCACAGAUACCAGGGCAAGAUGUUUGAUGAAGAGAGCAUCCUGGAGGAGCUUAAUGAGCCUCUGCGCGAGGAAAUCGUCAACUUCAACUGCCGUAAGCUGGUGGCCUCCAUGCCGCUGUUUGCCAAUGCUGAUCCCAACUUUGUGACAGCCAUGCUGACCAAACUGAGAUUUGAAGUCUUCCAGCCCAAAGACUACAUCGUCAGAGAGGGCACCAUCGGCAAGAAGAUGUACUUCAUCCAGCACGGGGUGGUCACCGUCCUCACCAAAGGAAGCAUCGGCAUGAAGCUGAUGGACGGGUCGUACUUUGGAGAGAUCUGCCUGCUGACCCGUGGCAGACGGACGGCCAGUGUGCGAGCAGACACCUACUGUCGCCUGUACUCUCUCUCAGUGGACAAUUUCAAUGAGGUGCUGGAGGAGUAUCCCAUGAUGAGGAGGGCCUUUGAGACAGUUGCCAUUGACAGAUUGGACAGGAUAGGCAAGAAGAACUCAAUCCUGAUGCACAAAGUUCAGCAUGAUCUGAACUCGGGUGUUUUCAACAACCGCGAGAAUGAGAUGAUCCAGGAGAUAGUUAAAUAUGAUCGGGAGAUGGUCCAGCAAGUUGAUGUACCACGACCGCGGGCCAUGUCCAUGACACCUCCUCUACAUGGUGGGAUCUUUACUCAUCCAGGUUCCUCCACCCAACCCCAGAAUUCAGCAAUUGCCACUCUGCAGCAGGCCGUAGCAAUGAACUUUUGUCCCCCCAUGCAAGGGAACUCAGUGGGAGCAGGAAACCUGCAGUCUCCCAGGAUGGUGAGGAGAUUCCAGGUGAUGGAAAAUGUAUCCAGCCCUGUCUCAGCCUCUCCACUGCAGUCUCAGCUCCUUGCUUCCGGUGCCUUUGCUCCUAUCCUGUCCAGCCCACCUGUCCAGAGCCCGCUGGCAGUUGUAGGACGAUCAUUCCAGUAUGGAUCCAGUGGCCUAGCUGGUCCCACCUCAGGCUCCCAGCUUUCUCUUGCCCAGCAACACAUAGCCAGUCCUGCACACCGGCCCAGCACACAUAAGAGUACCCAUUCCUUGCAAAUGGGCAGUCUGAGCCAAGACGCUAGGGCAUUGUCAGCCUCUCAGCCCUCACUGCCUCAUGAGGGGUUGCAACCAGGUGCCCCUAGUCCGCCCCAGUCUACACGAGUCUCCUCCACGUCCAUUGGACCCCCUCAGACCCCAUCAGGUCACACAGGCAUCCGGAGUGCAAUACCACAUAGGGUGGUACUGCCCCACCAGAUGUCUGUGGGCGCCUUCCCUGCAGCAUCUCUGCCCGGUUCUGUGCAGGGUUUUGGGGCUGGUGCAGGUCUGGCAGUAGGGGGUGUGGGAACAGGUCUGGGGGACUCGGGACGACCCAAGAAGGACUCUAUAGUGAGCCUUCCUGAGACAGACCACAUCAAAGUAAGAUCCAGGCUAUCCUCAAACUUGUGAUCUCAAUGAAAUCUUCUUGACAGGUGACUCAAUGAGGGGCUUGACUGCAGGAACACAGGGGGGAUUUCUGCUCUUUCUCCUACUGUUCCUUUUCUCUCUAUCUGCUCCAGUUUGACUAUCCGAAUGUAUGAAUGUUGAGUGAGUGGCAGCAGGGAGACUGAGAGGAGACUGUUUUAACAUAAUAAAGUCUGUAUGGUGACUUUUAAAUCUGCAGCAUUGAGAUGUUUCUACUCACAGACAUAGGAGUUGCACAGAUAGUAGUGGUGGUAAAGUAGCAUCUUCCCAUCUCCGACUCCUUUAUUUACUGUAUUUCAUAACAUAGUCAACAACAUAUCUGCUUCGUUAUCCUCUCAUCACCUCAUUUAAUGCAAACUUGGUGUCGGAUGGGACUAAAAGAAAAUCAGGGACCUGCUUCAGAUACCAGAAGUUGGCACUUUACUGGGGUUUAACUGCUGUAUCUACCACAUUUUGUCAGUAGGCUGGCUGUAAAAGGGGAUUCUCAAAACUGUAUAAUAAUUGUGGUUUCGUAAAAUAAUUUAGUUAAGUAUCCUUAUGGACAAAAUUUGUAGGAACAAUUUGAUAAUAUUCAAUAAUAAGAAACAAAAGCACUGCGUUUAUUUCAGUAUUUAGUUAGGUCUGUUGUGUUUUUGUUUUAUGCCCAAAUUAUGCCCUGUGGAGCCUAUUUGGAUGCUCAAAAAUAAUUAAUAUAGAGGCUUGUUAUGAGACUAGUGUUUCACUCAACUUGUCCUGGAGGCAGUAUCUUAGGACAGGAAAUACAUUCAGUGACAGUAAGUUUAUAGAAAUUUUUUUACUUUAUUGGAAAGCACACAAUAGAGGAAGACAGACAAAAGGAGAAAGAAAGGAGGGAUGGAUUGCAAAAAAAAUUGAAGCCAUAUUUUCUCCUUGACUAUUGAUAUUAAUGGAUGAUUGAGUAUAUUUAAAAAUCAAACUGGCAUUUUCAGAAUCUAGUUGGCCUCUUUUGUAAGUCUUCCUCACCUCUGAUAGUCCCCACAGAUAAAUAUGCGUGCAACUAGGAUCUUGAGAUUACAGACAAUGAAUAUCCUUCAUACUGAUAUUACAGCUGUGGGACAGCCAAGCCAUCGAUUUCUACAGGAAAUGUCUGCAUGUUUGUUUAAUUUAAAGCUGCAUUAAUCAAUUUUUUUGUAUUAACAGUGAAUCAGAUGAAUAAGGGUAAUGUGAAGGGAGCUGCUUGUAGUGAUGAGCCCACAGAAGAAUGAUCGCUUAACUCUGCAUAUCCAUGGAGCUUUUUAGUCCCUUUUAAGCUUACUGUUUUGGCUUUAAAGCCCACAGACCCCACUAUGUGUGGCCUGCACAUUGUGGCCUGUAAGCUAAAGAGACAGAUAUUUUUUUUCAGGAGUUGGUGUAGAAUAAACCAGAUAUGAAGGGGUCAAAACUCUACUUGUAAAGUUAAAUAAAGUUGUUAUACUACAAGUGUUGCUGGAGUUUUGACCUGUUUAGACUUUUUCUUUUCUCGAUGCACCUUGUAAGUAGGUGCAGUCAUGCCAGAAAUCCCGACUCUGCUUCUACAGGACUACACCAUAAUAAGGCAAGUAAAUAUCAAAUAUAUCUGUCAGUUAGCCAGAAAGUAGGAUUAUUAUGGUACUGCUGGAUGUGUAAGUAGCCAAUCGUUUGCUUAAAUGUCAACUUCAUUGGUUUGCUGUUUGUGUGCCCCCAAGUGUCCAAAAAUUAAUUAAUGCAGCUUUAAGACUAAUGAGUUAAGAUCUAAUAAAAAAUAUACCUGAAUAAAAGGCACUUCCUCUUAAUAGCAGAUUUGGUUUAUAAAGUAAGGGGUUAUGGACUAUAGUCAUGUGAGUAGUGAUAUCCCACACUUUGUGAAAGUAUUUAUUGUAUCUUAUAAAUUAUAAUUCACUGCCAGUUAAUGACAAAGAAUUUUAUAUGACUUAAAAUGUAAAUCAAUUGACACUCACAUAAUCAAAAUAUAAAUCCAUUAUUUUCUAACCCUGAAUCACACAUGUCUUGCAGCAGCAGUCAGGCAAUGUGUCACUAUGCCAAAGUCCAUUCAUACUGAUAAUGAAACUCCUGCAAAGCUCAACCCUACUGUAAACGCUACUGUUUUGAUCAACAGCCAAGGACAGUGCAGGUACUUUGUAGGAUCUAUAUUGCAGUGUGCCUCUGUCAUUAAUGCCUCAAUAAGAGUUCAUCAGAUGCCGCUGAUUUGUGUCCAAAAGCAUUAGGAAGGGAACCUUUUCCUCCCGGACCUGGCAUUCUCUUCACCUCAUCUCACUAAUGUCUGAACCAUUACUGAGUAAUGAGAGUGGAAAUUGGAAUCCCUCAGGUCUGUUUGGGACUGUUAUUAUUCUCCUUUGAUUGGAUUUCAUUGUACAGUGCCAAUGAUGAGUUCCUCUUCUAUGAUCUUUUUUGCAUUUUCAUUAUAUUUACUUUCAGUUCCUGCAUUGUUAUCUGAAUUGAGAGUUCCAAAUGGGACAAAGUUGAAGGUUUCUUAAGUAAUUUUAUACAGCGUUUUUGAGGUCUGUUGUGUUUUUGUUUUAUGCCCAAAUUAUGCCCUGUGGAACCUAUUUGGAUGCUCAAAAAUAAUUCAUAUAGAGGCUUGUUAUGAGACUAGUGUUUCACUCAACUUCACAUUGUGUCCUUGAGGCAGUAUCUUAGGACAGGAAAUACAUUCAGUGACAGUAAGUUUAUAGACAUUUUUUACUCUAUUGGAAAGCACACAAUAGAGGAAGACAGACAAAAGGAGAAAGAAAGGAAGUAGAAACAGGAUGGAUUGCAAAAAAAAACGGUCAAUAGUUAAACUCAAAUCACUAGCAUAUAUUUAGUAACUGAAGCGCACUGAUCCUAAACAACCCCACAAUUUAAAUAAAAGAUGAAGAAUGAACAGAGUGAAACCAAAGUUUCAAGGCCUGUAAUGUUUGGUAUGCAAAUGUUUCAAAAUGUUAAGAUAUGACUGACAUGUCACAGACUGAAUUAUUCACGCUGACUAAACUUACAAAUCAGAGAACAUAACACUAAACCCAUUCAGUCAUGUUGUCUGAAAGUGAUGUUUAUUUUCACACAAAGCAAUAACUGUUUGAAGAAGUGUGAGUUUAUGCAGACGAUGUUCUGUUGUAUCCUGCAGGCGUUAAUGAAGAUGCAAUAUUUCACAUUUUGGAUGGCUUUACCAAACUUCACUUAGAAUUUGUUUAAAGUCUGUUUUUGGAGGAACUUGAUAAGAGAUAUUCUGAUUUAAAACACACUCUUUAAUGACAAAUACUAUUGACAUGGUUGUUAUUUCGUAGUGUUCAUCAUGUAAACCUAUUUAUUAAUUUAGGCUAGUUAACUGUAACUGUAGACAUUAUGAAAAAGAAAAUGUCUGAAUAUCUUUUUAAUCUUUGACAAAAUGCAUAUUAUCAGCUGGUAUGAACUGAUAUUACUUGAGCAUAUAAUUAAAGCAGAACAAAACCGUUUGCAUUACAAAAGAUGUAUCACUUCUGUUUCUACAGUCGCUCACAGUACCACCCACAGUUUGUAUAUAACCCUGUGCCAGUUGCUGUGAGGUCUGCAUGGUUUCUAUUGUGUUUGUUUUAUUUGUUUAUUUAUUUUUCUAAUCUCACACCCCAGUCCAUUUGCAAAGCCUGGUCCGUUAGAUUUUUUCCCCCUUCUAUGCUGUUACCUCGACCAUCUGAUUAGCAUGUUGCCCAGAACUCUGUAAAUGCCCUUUUCCCUCUUUUUGCAACUUUACAAACAUAUUUAAUGUUAUGUAAAUGCUACAACAACUCUGCUUUUUCAGUACACCCUCCAGGAUUUGGGAAGGAGGUGUCUUUGCCCCCACACACACAGCAGCAGCAGCAGCAGCAACAUCAACGGAUCUGUAUUUACCAGGUUGUGUUUUCAACAUGUUUUUUUUUUUUUUUUUAUGACUUUCUUUGUAAAUCCCCUUUUUUGUGUCUUCAAUGCUACACCUUUUCAAAGUAUUUUCCAUUACAAUUUUUAUUCAGUUUUGUGUUGUGGGUUCAUCAAUGAUAGUAAAGCAUGGGGAUUCAGAGUGUUUAAAAUGUUAACCUACAAGGGCUGUUCAUGUGGAUUGAGCGAUGGUGUGAUUUUUGUGUUGCUAACUUUUGUCACACAAGUACAUUCAUGCUAAUGAGUUCAGAUUAUUUUUCUCUUAUUGGCCAAUACACCAACACUAAAAAAUAUAAAAUGCACUUUUUUAUACUAUUUGUUUCUGUAUUUUACAGGAUACAAUACAAAAUGAUUCAAUAUCUAACCACAGUCAUUCAGCAUAUAUUUGUGAUUUCCUUUACAUCCCUUCUUUUUGUUAGCUUAACUCUUUCGCUUUUGUUCUCAGAUCUCAGACCUGUUAGUGUGUGUAAUGGCAUUCAAUAAUACAGAGUACAAAUCCAACAGCAAUACCAAAAACAAUCCUAUAGACACUACAGACACAUGUAGGUCAAAUAAUGUACACUGAGAUCUUCACCACUAACCAUGAAUUCCCUUGAAGCAAACAGGUGAUCUCAGGCAGCCACUGUCUGUGAAAGCAGACACAGUGCAGUACAAGCGUUUCUGUGUCAGGGACCUGAUUUUCUUUUAUUGAGCCACUCUACAACUGUCACAUCCCAUAACAUGUACUGUGCAUACCUAGUGCCUAGCAUAUAUUGUAGUCUCCACAUACGUAUUAUAUUCUUUGUGUGUGUGGCUGUAAAAAAAAUGCAAGCUCCUCACAAUGCAAACAUCAUUGUCAGUUAUAUCCCACUGCAAUAUAUGUAAAAAGGAAAACAAAUAAAUUGUAUUUGAAUACAGUAUGAUUCCACUGCUUUAUGUUUAGGUAAAUAAUUUGGUUUAGCAUAUUGGAAAAGCACAAACAGGUUACUAGUUAAUAAUUUUGCAUAUUCUUAAUAGAAACAGAACUUCUUAAUGCAAUAAAGGCAUGUGAUGGUGA